AUGACGACUGAAAAGAUUCUUUUCUACGUGUACCGCGACGCCGGGACUUCGUCGGAAAACCUCGCACGUGCCAUUGUCGACGAAUUCAAGGACUUUGUUUUCAGCGGAAACGGAAUAUCUUUCACUUCAAAAGGUCAGUGCGGCUAGCCAUCAAACGCCGAAAAGAGAGUUCAUUCAUUCACAUCUGCUUUUGUCAGGCUACUCGGGAAUUCCGCUCCUUGGGGAACUGCCCAUUGACUCGCCAGAAGACGACAUUUGGAAGGUCGUCUCGGUCCUUUUCAAAAUCAGUGCAACAGAAGAGGGUCUUAUUUUCAAAGUGCACACUGAGAACUACGAUAGGAACCCAUUGGUCACAGAAGCCCGCAAAAGCGACGUGCUGCCAGAGUGGGCAGACACCGUCAAGUACUUCUCAGACAACGUGAGUUCUAGUCUGAGUUCUAGCCAUAACAUCUUCAUGUCACAAUCUGUUUUAUUACAGGUCUUUGGAAUGGACGGAGUAAUCCACCUUAUCUCUCCGAAAAGUACCGACAAGUUCCCGAAACGCUCACAAAUCGAGAUUCUACGUGCGGUGCCGAACGAGACACGGAACAUUCUGGUUACAGAGUCGCUUAGCGAAGUAAGCCAUACUGAGGGGGAUAACCGUUUUUCAGCUACUCAAUACCUAAUUAUGACCGGUUCUUUCUCUUCCAACCGCCCUCAAAUCAUCAUGACAUAAUGAUCAUUGAGGUUGGAUUUGGUGUAACGUUUGCUUUAUACCAACGAAUCAUUUAUGCAUUCAAAUCGAGUAGCUUUACAUUCUCUGCCUCCUAAUUCGAUAAAUGUUCAAUCGGCCAGGCGUUAUGCCCGGUUCGCCCAAAAAAAAACAAAUGCGUCCCACACCCUCCACGCGAAAAACUGAAUCUAUAUAUAUAUCGUCAUUUCACAUUGCAGAAGCUGAAUUCAGCCGAAUCGAGAAACUUUGGUAUGCAUAACACGAGCGUCAAUGUGCCAGCUUCUCUGGCGUACGUUGCGCGCGAGAGACCGGACAUCCUAAGCCUCGCUAUCAGAGAGUUUAUCAAAAUAGACGAUAAGAAGAUCAAGGUAAUUCAUUAGGUGUUAUCAGUUGUGUAAAAUCACAAACGUUGCAGGAGCUUGAGAAGAAACUUGCCGAGGAGAACGAUCGAGUGAUGAUUCAUACGCGUAUCAAUGAAAGUGACUGGAAGGUUGUCGACUAUAAAAAGCAAUCAUCGAAUGUGUCAUUCAUCGCUUUUCAGGAAGUCACGGCUGUUGCGGAUAUUGAAUCACCGGCAGACAUAGUUUCCCACAGGGUCUCUCUGGCGCUCAUGGCUUUUGAUGAAAAGCAUUCGUCGAUUCCAAACGGAGUGGAUGUCCCGGUUAGUGGGCUAUUCCAAAAAGUCGGCGACCGCUUCGAACGCGAACAUUUGGAAUCUCUGCGCGCCAGGCUGUUCGGCGCCCCGCAGUCUGCCACGCACUUGUACCAAUGCGCAAAAGCCUUGGUCACCGGGAACCACAUUCAAGAAUGCCGCAAGAUUUUUGUUGGUAAGUAGGAGAACUAAAAGGAACAGUAAGAAAAUCAGUGAAAAAGCUGCAGACGAGGGAUCUUCAAGCGAUCGUGAAUCGGUCGGCUCGGGCGACGACGAAGAGGAUGACAGCAACGCGAAAUAUGCGAAAAAACAGGUGUUCAAGAAGAAAAAACGAAGUGCUUUCGGAAAGAAGCGCGAGCUCGCGGCGAUCGUCAACCACACAAACGCUCCGUAAGUUUCCGUUAUCGAAUUUAGACGGGAUCAGAGAGAGCACUGGUUUGUACCUGAGGAAAAUAUAAUUUUUCGCUCUCUAGAGAUUUGCAGCAGGCGAGAGAUAGAGACGGAUACAAUUGUAUCUUUUGGGUAACUGAGAGAUGAAUAAACUGUGAAUCAGAAGAGAUCGAAGCUUUUGAAGACACGUUAAUUGGUUGAGGGUAUACUUGAGACUUGUGUCUGGGAGGGAAAGAAGGGAAGCAAAAAUUGCCGGAAAUGAUCGCUGUGGAAUGAGGUGAUCAAACAUCUCGACAAGAACCGAACUGCCAAAUUUGCUAGCCCUCUGGCGGAACGCCCUCUUUCUGGUUUUGUCCUCAAUGUACGAUAAUUGCGAAUAGUGGCGAUGGGUGUCAUGAGAAUAAGUGAAUGAGGUCGAUGUAAAGACACAUUUCAGAGAACUUCCUUCCGAACCGGAAUACGUGCCCAGGGACAACUCUGCGUUUUUGAAGAAGUUCGAGCGCGCUGUCAACGGAGACGACUAUUAUAAGGUGAUCAUUAUGCGGGGGAGUUUGCCGGAAAUAAAAUGUUUUCAGGCGUCUUCGGACGAGUAUUCGCUGGGCGAAGAGGAAGAUCUUGAACUGUUCAUGGCCAAGCCACGCAAACAAAUCUUGGAGGAAAUGAAAAACAAGCACAAAGCGAGAGUUGGAUCGAAAUCGAACGAGAGAAUGCCGACAAUCUCGGACGAUGAGGAAAUUGACGUGGCCGACAUGCUGCGUGCUGCUCCGCCGAUCGCUAGUGCCGAAGACAUUGAAGACUUUGACGACAUUUGA